UCUGGGCAGUGAGGGACUGUUUCUUCCCCAGCUACAUGCAGAGAGAGGCUUCAGCACUGCAGGAUCUGCUGCACCAAAAGGAGCUGAGAGCUUUGGGAACAGCGAAGGACUGUGAGUGACCACUGCAGGAGCACUCUGGGUUUGCUGGUGUCCAUGCUCCCUCCAGCCCUUUGGAGUACAGGGAUCAAAAGGUGACAGGUGAUUGCACUUAGUAAGAGAAGCAAGGAGGCUGAGACGGCUUUCCUGAGCGUUUACAAGCAGUUGCUGGAAGCUCCAGGUAAGCAGCACGGUGGCGACCUGGCUGCCUAACGAGUCGCGCGCCGGUGCCGAGAGGAACCAGCGAGGACCGCGGCACCCGUCCCCGGCGUGGCCGGCGCAUGGUGCUCUGGAGAUACCAGCCGAAGAGAGGAGAGGAAGCAGCUUUUGCCAUCGCUGUGUUUCAGCCCCUGAGCCAAAUGCAUCUUGACAUUAGGAAAGGAAUACAUUUGCUCAGCCCGUGUAGUAACACUGCGGCUAUUCCCAGUUGUCUUUUUGAUGACCCUGCUCCUGUGCUGGAGGCUGCCCGGAGCCUGGAGGACCGGCUGCAGCAGCUCCAGCGCCUCGAGCCCAACCCGCCUCCCCUGAAGGAUCUCAGCCGCCCCUGGAAAAAGCACGCGGAGCUCGGCAGCACCAAAGAGCGCAGGGAGGGGACAUCACCGGCAGCCGACGGCCUCGACGGCAGAGCGCCGAGCACAGAGACCUCGGUGCAGAGAAAUGAGGCAGAGAAGCAAAAGGGGCUCCAGGAAGCACAGGUCACUUUGGCCUCUCGGCUGGGGGAGGCAGAGGAGAAGAUCAAAGUGCUCCAUGCAGCGCUGAAGGCCACGCAGACGGAGCUGCUGGAGCUGCGGUGUAAAUACGACGAGGAAGCAGCAUCCAAGGCAGACGAAGUCGCCAUGAUCAUGACCAACCUUGAAAAAGCCAACCAGCGAGCGGAGGUGGCGCAGAGGGAAGUGGAGAGUUUGCGGGAGCAGCUGGCGGCCGUCAACAGCUCCCUCCGCCUGGCCUGCUGCUCCCCGACGGGCACUGCUGGGCAGGACAAAGUGAACUAUUCCAUGUGCUCAGGGUCGAGGCUGGAGGCAGCUCUGGCUGCCAAGGACCGGGAGAUCCUGCGGCUCCUGAAGGACAUCCAGCACCUCCAGAGCUCACUGCAGGAGCUGGAGGAGUCCUCUGCCAACCAGAUCGCCGAGCUGGAGGGGCAGUUGGCUGCCAAGAACGAAGCCAUCGAGAAGCUGGAGGAGAAGCUGCAGGCACAAGCAGACUACGAGGAGAUCAAAACAGAGCUGAGCAUCCUGAAGGCGAUGAAGGUGGCCUCUGCUGGCUGCAGCCUUCCCCAGGCAAGUGCCGUGGCGCGUGCCGACGCGCUGGCCGGGCUGUGCCAGCCCUGCCGCCGGUGCCUCCGCCGCCCAUUCCCAUCUCGGCUUGGCUCCUUGCAGAGCAUAUCGAAGGCGGAGGAGGCCCUGCUGUUGGGGAAGGAGGCUUUCUACCCCUCCCAGAAGUACCUGCUGGAGAAGCCCAGCCUGCUGGCCAACACUGAGGAGGAUCACUCUGAAGACGAGUCGGGGAAGGAUUCGCUGGGCAUGGAGCAGCCGUACCCAUCCCCCCAUCACGCCCCGAGCGAUGAACCCGCAUCCCCCACUCCCCUCCCGCCGCUGCCUGGCCCCGGCGGGGCCCCUGAUGGUCCUCGGACUUUUUCGCUGUCCCCCUUCCCGGGGGGCGAGCGGCUUUCAGGGGACCCCAAGGCCCCCCACCUCCCACUGCCCACCUACAAGAGCGAGAGCACUGCCGGGGGACCCUUCCCCUCCUCCUUCUUUGGGACCAAAAGCAGCACCGUGCACCCUGCGCCUGCCACCAACGCCACCAGCCCGCCCGGCGAGAACUCCGAGGGCAGCGCCGGCAGCUCCGCCGAGGAGGAGCAGCUGGACACGGCCGAAAUCGCCUUCCAGGUGAAGGAGCAGCUGCUGAAGCACAACAUUGGGCAGCGGGUCUUCGGGCACUACGUGCUGGGGCUGUCGCAGGGCUCCGUCAGCGAGAUCCUGGCACGGCCCAAGCCCUGGCACAAGCUGACGGUGAAGGGCAAGGAGCCGUUCAUCAAGAUGAAGCAGUUCCUCUCCGACGAGCAGAACGUGCUGGCCCUGAGGACUAUCCAGGUGCGCCAGAGAGGUAGCAUCACGCCGCGGAUCAGGACACCAGAGACCGGCUCCGACGACGCCAUCAAAAGCAUCCUGGAGCAGGCAAAGAAGGAGAUCGAGUCGCAAAAGGGAGGGGAACCCAAGGCACCAUCAGCAUCGCAGGCAGUGGCCAACGGGGCGGGCGGCAGCAGCUCGGAGGACGCCAUCAAGAGCAUCCUGGAGCAGGCGCGGCGGGAGAUGCAGGCACAGCAGCAGGCGCUGCUGGACAUGGAGUCGGGGGGCAGCGGGCGCCCCGCGGACCCGGCACCCGCCGAGCGCUCCACGCUGGCCACCGUCAGCCAGAACGUCACCCCCGCCUACGUGAAGCAGGAGGAGGGGAGCGGGGCCAGCCCCGGCCCCCCGCAGACGCCCCUGGCCGUCCUCUCUCCCGCCGCCUUUGUCCAGAGCAUCAUCCGGAAGGUGAAGUCGGAGAUUGGUGACGCCGGCUCCUACUUCGACCAGCACUGGGCGUCGGAGCGGAGCCUGCUCAGCCGGCCCUACACCUCUGUCUCACCUUCGCUCUCCUCCUCCUCCUCGAGCUACUCCAGCAUGGCCAAUGGCCGGGGCUGGCCGCGGGGUGAGCCCGGCGAGGGUGGCACCAACGAGGAUGAGCUGCCGCCGGCGGAUGAGGAGCCCCACCGGCUGUCGGAGAUGAAGGCAGAGGGAGCCGGUGCGGAGCCAGCGGCCGGUGGGCGUCUCUCCUACUAUCCCACGUACGUGCCACGGACCCUGAAGCCCACCGUGCCACCGCUGACGCCGGAGCAGUAUGAGAUGUACAUGUACAGGGAGGUGGACACGCUGGAGCUGACCCGGCAGGUCAAGGAGAAAUUGGCCAAGAAUGGCAUCUGCCAGAGGAUCUUCGGGGAGAAGGUGCUGGGACUGUCCCAGGGCAGCGUGAGUGACAUGCUGUCGCGGCCCAAGCCAUGGAGCAAGCUGACACAGAAGGGUCGGGAGCCCUUCAUCCGCAUGCAGCUCUGGCUGACCGACCAGCUGGGCCAGGGCAUCAGCCAGCAGCCCACACCAUCCCAGGCCAGCCCAGCGGAGCCCCAGCCAUCGCCCUCGCCGCCCCCCAGCCCCGCCGAGCACGACAAGGGCUGCCAGGAGCCCCUCACCCUGGCCCUGGAGAGCAGCAAGGAAAACCAGCAGCCCGAGAGCCGGUCGACGCCCACGCUGGGUGGGAAGACGUAUCCCAACAGCCAGGGACCCGUGGGCAUCCAGGAGAUCGUCGCCAUGUCCCCGGAGCUGGACACCUACUCCAUCACCAAGAAGGUCAAGGAGGUCUUGACGGACAACAAUUUAGGCCAGCGGCUGUUUGGGGAGAGCAUCCUGGGCCUGACGCAGGGCUCGGUGUCCGAUCUCCUCUCCAGGCCCAAGCCGUGGCACAAGCUGAGCCUGAAGGGGAGGGAGCCCUUCGUCCGGAUGCAGCUCUGGCUCAAUGACCCCCACAAUGUGGAGAAGCUGCGUGACAUGAAGAAGCUGGAGAAGAAAGCCUACCUGAAGCGCCGGUACGGGCUGAUGAGCGCCGGCUCGGACAGCGAGUCCCCCAGCGCCCGCUCCGAGUGCGCCAGCCCCAGCGUGCCGCCACAGGACAUCAGCCUCCUCCAGAUCAAGAAGCCACGGGUGGUGCUGGCCCCAGAGGAGAAGGAAGCCCUGAAGAAAGCCUACCAGCUGGAGCCCUACCCCUCCCAGCAGACCAUCGAGCUGCUCUCCUUCCAGCUCAACCUCAAGACCAACACUGUCAUCAACUGGUUCCACAACUACAGGUCACGGAUGCGCCGGGAGAUGCUGGUGGAGGGCGCUCAGGACAACGACACGGACCCAGAGCAGAGUGGUGGGACGGCCAUCCCCGGGCGCCAGGCCCCCCACAGCCCCGACUCGGACGCCGAGGAUCGUAAACCCGUGUUCGCGGGGUGCGAGCACCCCUGUGCUGCUGUGCCUGUGAAGGUGAAGGAGGAGCAGGGGGACACGGGCGGCUGGAGCCGCCAGCGGGACUCACACAGCCCGGCCGGGGCGGACGAGGGGACCGGACCUCCCCAGGAGGAGCGGGGGGCAGCCCCCUACGUUGCCGCCCCCAGCACCGGCAGCCUCCCGCGGCGGGGAGGCCGUGCCGGUGCCACCGCCGGGGGACCCCCAGCGCCACCACCGCCACACCCCGACAGCUCCCAGUCCUCCGCAGGGUCAUCCCGUUGCAGCUUGGAGGUCUCCCCAACAUCACCCUCGGCGGCUUCCUCACCUGGCCUCACUGGCUCAGCCUCACCGGGACCAUCCUCCGCCGGGCCGGUCUCACCGGCGCUCCCGCCAGCUCCCGGCCCCCGGCUCAGCACCAGCGUCCAGCGGCGCCACGAGAAGAUGGCCAACCUCAACAACAUCAUCCACCGCCUGGAGCGGGCUGCCAACCGCGAGGAGGCCCUCGAGUGGGAGUUCUGAGCCCCCCUCGCCGCCCUAAAUAUAUAUAUACACAGCCACAUAUAUAUAUAUAUAUUUUGAUAAAUUGCAGUGUGCACCGAGAGGCGACGCUGGCGCCACGGAGGGGAGCGCCCGUGGAGAAAGGGGGGACCCUCCCCCCCCACCCCGCUAUGAAGCCACCCCCUGGCUUUGUUUUAAAUGUGAAAAAACUGGGAACAAUUUUAGAAAAGAAAAACAAAACAAAAAAUAUUUAUAGACCUCUUUUAGAUAUUUUAAUAAAAGGAUACUUUGGAAUUUAUUAACAGCUUAAGCUGCUUUGAUAUUAAAGAUAGCUAUAAAAUCAAGAUGAUGUAGCAGUCGUGUCAUUAAAUGUACACUGAAGUCUUGUAGUUUGCCACUGGAUGAGAUUAAAAACAAAUAAAAAAACCCCAAACGAAAACCAACCCACAGAAAAGACUUUUUGAGCAAAGCCAUCAAGAAGCACUAUGAGACUGACCAAAUUUAAGAAACUUUUGCAGUUUCCACCCCUGUCUGUAAGACACUGCAUCGCUUCUGCCCCAGCCAGAGACUGCGUCCUAGUCCCUGAAGACUCUAAAGCGACCCCCCGACGCCAUCGAGUAUGUAUUUAGUUCUGGUGGUUUAUGUUUUUGGAAGCCUUUGUAACACAGAAUGUCCCGUGCGGUUGUAUAUGUUGUAGAGAUGUCUGCAAUAGCCUCCUGGAACAAGAUGUAGCAUGGUCCCAACGCCGUCCCUCGCGCUUCCUCCAGCCGGCGACCGGUGGCAGCUCCCCUGCGGCGCAAUGCGGCUGACGCCAGCUCCCAAGGGAAGAGAGAAAAUAUGGCAACAGCAAAGAAAGCAAACUGUGCUUGGGAUUUUGGGAGCGAGGUGGGAAGAGGUACCUGGAUGUGAUGCUCGGGGAUGGCACCAGCUUGCUGGGGAUGGACAUCCAUCCCAUCCCUGUUCCCUGUGCUCUGCCAUAGUCCAUUUGGGAAAGGAAAAGAGAUGGAGCCUCCCUGGGGCAGCAGUGCUUGGGGUGAGCACCCAAAAUUCAUGAGCCCUGCUCUGCUCAGGGCUGCUCCAGCAUCACAGCCAGCUCUUGUGGCUGAAGCACUUUUUUUAGGGAGAGCACCCGGGUAGGAGGAGCAUCCCCUUCCCACAGCUGUGUCCCAGGCAGUGGCUGUUGGUGGAGCCAGGAUGAGCCCUGGGAUGUCUCACCUGCCUGAAUUGGGCAAGCUCAGCCCUGAACUGGGCAAAGCACUAUCGAGCUUUGGCUUUCCAGGGUUGAUCCUGUGCAGGAUCAGCUCAGUGGUGGCACCAUCCUGGCAUGCUCCCUGUCCCCCACCCUGACCCCACCACCUCCAGCCAGCCUGUGCUGACAAAAUGCCUUUAAACGAUUCAGGGUGGCCCAUGCUGGGCUGCCCUGCCCUGUCCCUGCCAUCGCCCACCAAGGCCUGCGCCACCAGGAGGGCUCCCUGCCAGGCUCCCAGGCUAUGCAUUGACUGAUUUUCCACUGUAAACAUUUUUAUCAGAAUAGAAGGUAUUUUUAUAUUCAGGUGGUGGUGGAUGAGCAAUGCUGAAGGUGCCUCAGCGAGGGCACAGCUCUCCUUGCCCACCUGCCCUGCCCCAGCGUGCCCACGGCCGCUCUUUUCCCUGCCACCACACUGAGGAAGGUCGAGGUGCAACCAUUGACUGCCUUCUCCGUCAUGUGCUAGCGGGAGCUUUAGUGGAAUGGGACUUGAGGAAGCACUUAGGAUAGUCCUGAACAUGGCAAUCCUGUCGUAUGAAAGCCAGCGGGACAUACCGGUCACGUUUUUGUUAGGCUCAUGUUCUGUACUUCAAAAGUUUCUAUGAGAUCGAUGAACUUUGUUUAAACAAUUUUGGAAGGAACAAGUUCUGUAAAGAGCCACUAAAUACAGAAGUUGGAUACGA